AUGGUCAACGUUCGAAAAGGAGAAUUUGAUACGUUCGAAGAAGAGACUAACAAAAAGAUUCUAGCACUGGAAGAUCUGGUAAAAAAAUUACUAUCUAAAAAUCUUGACUUAGAAAAGCAAUUGAAGUUCUUAGAAGAUAAUCAAGCUCAAAUUAUUAGCAAAAAUAAUCAAAUUAACAGCAAACCACUUUUUAGUAGCUUGUUUCAUAACAAAUCUCUUGAACCAGAAGAAACAAGAAUACUAACCGCGAUUUCAGCUGAAAAUAAAGAAAAAUCUAGAAGAGAAUACAAUUUGAUUCUACACGGUCUUGAUGAAUUAAAUAAAUCAACUGAAGAAAAUACACAACGUGAAAACGAGCAAAUAAAAAAAAUCUUUAAUUACCUAAAGGUCGAUGAAUCAUUUAUUAAACGACACCACCGCCUAAAAUCAAAAACCGACAAACCUGGUAUUGUAUUAGUAGAAUUAAAUAAUAAAGAAAAAGUUGCAGACAUUUUAAAGUCAGCAAGCAAUUUGAAAUAUAAUGUCGAAUAUAAAAAAAAAGUAUAUAUAAAUCAGGAUUUAACAUUUGCACAACGUGAAAGCAGAAAAUUGCUUCUAAAAGAAAAAAAUCGUUUAAAUAAUGCUGAUAAUAACCAGCCCUUUCGUGUAAAUAAAAACAAAUCUGACAUUAUUUUUCCAUUCAAUAAAAAGUCUAACUAUCUUAAGUUUUGGUAUACAAAUUCUACGUCUUUAGUAAAUAAAAUAACAGAGUUUAAAACAAAAAUUAUGAUCGACUCACCAGAUAUCAUACUUAUUUCUGAAACAUGGUUCAAAAAUGACUUAAUUAUAAAUAUUAGCAACUACAACUGCUUUUACAAUAAUAGAACAAACAAACAAGGUGGAGGUGUUGCAAUUUUUACAAAAUAUGAUAUAAUUGCUUAUGAAGUAUCAGUUUCACCUUUAUAUAAAGAAGUUAAACAAAUAUGGUGUAGCAUUGUACUUCAUAAAACAAAAAUAUUAGUUGGAUGUAUAUACAGACCACCAAACAGUACUGACCUAAUAAAUAAUGCAAUUAAUGAAUUAAUAAAAACUGCAAAAAAGGAAGUACUGAAUGGAAAAUACUCAAAUGUAAUAAUUGUUGGUGAUUUUAAUUACCCAAAUAUUAUUUGGAAUGAAGACGGAACUAUCGAGCUAAAACAAAACUGCCAAACAAGCAAAGCAUUUAUUAAUAACUUGCAAAACAAUUAUUUACAUCAAGUAGUUAACAAGCCAACUUUUCAAAUGGCUGUUGAUAAACCAGCAAAUAUAUUAGAUUUAAUAAUAUGCGACGAUCUAGAUUUAAUAAUUAACAUUGAAUAUGAUGCUCCACUUGGUCAAAUUACUAAAAGCCAUUACAUAUUAAAAUGGGAAAUUAACAUACUCAAUUCAUAUGAGAAAAAAUUCAACAAUAAGAGAUUUAAUUUUCGAAACGGAAAGUACAAAGAAAUGAAUCUCAUAUUUUAUAAAGUAAAUUGGGUUGAAAUCUUUGACAAAAUGAAUACAAAUCAAUGUUAUAAAUACUUUUUAAAAAUUUAUGAAAAAGCUUGCAAACAAUAUAUUCCUUGCCACUUCAAACCCACUAGUUCUAUCAAAAAUCCAUGCAUUAAUAAAAAAAUCAAGAAUCUAGUUAGAAAAAAACGUAGUUUAUGGUGCAGAGUUCGUGCUACAAACUUCAAGAACACAAACUUAAAUAAUGAAUACAAACUUAUCAACAAAACAAUUAAAAAACAAAUUAAAAAAUCUACUUUUGAUUAUGAAAUAAACUUAGCAAAAGAUGUAAAACAUAAUCCAAAACGCUUCUAUGCAUAUGCACAAAUAAAAAACCAGACACAUACAAAAUUGCUAGCACUUAAAACUAGUAACAACAAAAUAAUAACUGAUAAAAAAUCACUUGGUUGUGAUAACAUCAGUCCCUAUGUGCUAAAGCAUUGUGCAGAAGGAUUAUCCAAACCUUUGUCUUUAAUAUUCAAGAAAUCGAUACAUUCAGGAGAGUUGCCAGAAUUAUGGAAAUCUGCAAACAUUACACCACUUUUUAAAAAAGGAAACAAGAAAGAUCCACUCAACUACAGACCUAUCUCCUUAACAUCGAUACCAAGUAAGAUAAUAGAGAAAAUAAUUAGAAAAAAACUGAUAAUUUAUAUAACAGAAAACAAUCUGUUAACGUCUCAACAACAUGGAUUUAUACAAAAUAAAGGAUGCCUAACAAACCUAUUAGAAACUUUCGAUAUUAUUACAACUGAAAUUGAAAAUGGUUAUCCAGUUGAUAUUGUUCCUAGAUUUGGCAAAGGCGUUCGAUAA